AUGAAUGGUACCCUUACGGUUAAAUCAGUUUAUAAUCUCUUAGCCAAUGAGUUUCCUCAUAACUCCAUUCCUAAUCCAGGCCUAAAUACUCAUAAGGCUCUCUGGAAGUCUACACUUUUACCUAAAGUUCAACUUUCCCUUUGGAAGUGUGUCGAAAACAUUCUUCCUACAGGUAGUAAGCUUGCUAGAUACAAUAGUAACCAUGAUGGUAGGUGCAAAUCUUGUCAAUCUAGAGCUAUUGAAUCUGCAGAACACGUGCUUUUUCAUUGUGAUUUUGCUAAGAAUGUAUGGUCCAAUAUACCUGCUGCCAACCGUGUUGUGACUCAGGGUUUAAAUGAUGAUAUUAGCAUAAAAGAUUGGAUAUCUAAAUGGUUAACUUCUAAGAACCUUCAGGAUAACUCUGUUACUGUGUUGACUGCUGCAUGGUGCAUCUGGAGAGAUAUGUGUUCCAGAGUUUGUGAUAAUAAAUCUUUGAACCCCCUUUCCACUGUCAGAUUUGCCAUUAGAAUGGCUAGAGAUACUGUCAGUACUCUUGCUACUGUUACUGCUCCUAAUGCUCACUCUGUCCCUGAUUGCGAUAAUAAUGCUCUUAGCUCUAUCCCUCAAGAUAGUCUUCUGAUAUUUUGUGAUGCAUCUUUUGACAAAAACACUAACAAUUCUGGCGUGGGUAUCCUGGCUAUGAACUGUGCAGGUGAAUUUAAGGGUUGCAAGUUAGUUGUAGGUAGAGAAGCUUGUCCUGAAGGUGUUGAAAGCAUGGCAAUCUUUGAAGCUGCUAGAUGGAUCCAAGCAAAAAAAAAUCAGAAUAUUUGCUUAAUUAUUGAUGCCAAAAAUGUUAUGGCUUAUCUUAAUAAUUACAAAGGCCAAACUAGUUGGACCUGUUGCUCUGUUGUAGAUGAUAGUUUAUUUCUCUUAAAGGGAAUCCAUUCUAUUUCUUUCAAACAUCUUAAGAGAAUUCUAACUAGUGUGGCAGACUUAGCUGCUAAACACAGUAGAACAAAUAGAAGUAUUCAAGUCACCUCCAUAUUUGUAGACUAA